UUUCUCAUUGGCUUAUUGGAUUACAGUCUCACUUUUGUAUCUUGAUACCUUUUAAGGACAAGCAAAUGUGAAGCAUGAUACCUCUAAACUUGCAGAGGCACAUUAAAUAUUAAAUGUAACUUCAUAUAAUGCCAGAUGGAGGUUUACCUAAAAGCACAAUGGAUAUCGGGCAGCUAGGACAAGAAGUCUGCGUGAAAGUAGCUGUGGGAUUGAGUCAGACAGAAGGUUCAGAGGAACAGGACACAACCAUCUGUAUUAAUGAAGACUUCAAAAGCUUAAUAUUAACAGAUAAAGCUGAUACAGAAACAAAGGAAUACCAUUUUACAUUUGACGGAGUAUUUUAUUUCAACAAUGGACAGGACAAGGUGUUUACGGAGUUGCUCCAGCCAAUGCUUCACACAGUCAAAUCAGGGUACAAUGUGUCUGUUGUUGUGUGUGACUCUGACAGUCCUGGCAUGGAUUCCAUAAUUAGUGGGAGAGGAAGCCAUUUAGGAUUAUUUUAUCAGGUGGUGGAAUAUAUAUUCCAAGUUGCCUGUCCUGCAGAUCAUGAGGAAACCAUGAUGACCGCUGCUUUCAUUCAGUUCAGUCAGGAUGGAAGAGCAAAGGAUUUAUUUAAUCCAUGUAAUCAAAGUUUGUCUGCUGUGUACAUUUCAGUUCUUGGAAUGGUACUGGAAGGGGCCAGUGAAGUGAUUAUUACCAAUCCAGAAGAAGCACAGAGCUUGUACCUUUCUGGCAAACAAGGACUAGAGGAUUCAAAUUACAGCUUGAAGGCCUUUGAAGAUAAGAUUUGGGAACACAUGGUCUAG